AUGCAGUUUACUCCACAGCAGAUGGCCGGCGCCCAGCGGUAUGGAUCCCAAACACGCAUCGGGAAUUGGUACGAGGACGAGCGUCUCGCGGAAGGGCGGUUCAAGGCAUUCACGGACAGAAAAGACCGCAAGCUGUUGGCCUCCGACUACCGUAGGAAGAAAAUGGAUACCUGCAUGCAGAAAGUGCCGUUGUCGUACAGUGAGGAUAAAAUCUUGCGGUAUGGCAGCGUCAUCCAGCUUGAGAGCGCUGAGGUCGGCGGUAUCCUAGCGUGCGAUCCUUUCGAGGAAAUCUCUCUCGGCUCUCAGACCUACCUCGCUACGGUCUGCCCAUGCCCUCCACAGUCCCCCUCGCCCGCCCGCAUGGCCUUCAAGGUUGUCGCGGUCAACGACCCGCGGCUUAAGGAUAUGGCGACACAGGUACAGAUGCACAAAGAGAUGAGGGACAAGCUGCCGGACGUCGAAGGGCAGCCGGUUGGGUACGGUGACCUGUUUCACCUCGUCGGCGACCCGGGUCUCCGCGUGUGCGAAUCCGUCAACAUGCGGCGACCACCUCUCUACCUCACCUCGGACCUCAAGACACAGAACCUGUCUUCGAAGGUUUCCAACAAGCAAGCGGUGUUUCUAAGGGCUGGCGCGUCGAGCGGGACCGUGUGGCAGUUUCAGAAGGCCACCCACGGCAAGGACGGGAGGGUGGACAGGAUCUUGGGCGUCGGCUCCCCCGUGUGUGUCGACACCGAGGUCGUCCUCCAACACCGCGACACCCUCAUGGCUCUCAGUUGCGAGAGGGCAAACAUCGAGCCUACCGAUUUUGGGGCGGAGUUCGAGGUCUGCUGCGACAACAGGACAACGAACGGCAAGUGCCUGCAGCUCCUCUCCGAGACUCAAGGGAGGACAACCGCUGCCGCCGCCGCGAAGGCGGAGCUAAGAGCCAACCGCUGGAUGGUGCGCCUGGGGGCACGUGACACGGCCAACGCUGGAGGUGGUGGUUCGGAGGAGGCGGGGGAACGGCGGCUUCCUCCGGAGAUGACGGCGGAGAACCUGCUCAAGAAGGCCCAGCUCGUCAUCCACGGCCGUGUCGCCGGCAUCCAGUGCCUCCGAAACGCGCUCCGUUCCGUGGAUCCGGCCGGAAAUGGCAAGCUCGAUCGCGAGGACGUCAGGUGGUGCCUUCACGACUUUGGGCUGGAGCUGGACGAGGAGCAGAGCGGCAUUCUGUUCGACAAGUACGACAGGGACAACAGCGGCCUCGUCCAGAUUGAAAACUUCCUGUCCGGACUCCGAGUCCCGCUGAGCGACCACCGGAGAAACAUUGUGAAGGAGGCGUUCGGCGGUUUCAAUCCCAACGGGAAUGACAAGGUGGGCCUGGAUGUGUUGCAGCACUGUUUGGACGCCGAGGCAGCUGGGACGGCUCUCACCGGCGGCGUAGCCACACCUCCCUUGGAAACCUUGGAUGCGUUACGCGCGGGGCUGGGGGUAGGUGGGGCAUCGAGGACGGGAAGCGUGAAUCAAGCCGACUUCGAGCGGUAUCAUGAGGACCUGUGUGUCGAUGUGGAGGACAACACACUAUUCGAGGACGUCGUCAAGGCAGCUUGGCAAACAGCAGCAGCAGCGCCGGCGGCGUCUGGAUAGACAAAACUAUUGAGAGCAGCGACGAUGAAGGAUGUCGAGGACAACUUGAUGCUUGGGCAAAUGCGAGGAAAAAACUAUUGAGAGCAGUGACGAUGAAGGAUGUCGAGGACAAUUUGACGCAUGGGCAAACGCGAGGAACAACGUACCGAAAACAAGAACGAUGUGCUGGUGCAGAUAGGCUCACCGAUGUAGAUGAUACUACCAGCCAGGUGGACGGCGGAGCCUAUUGUACGUAACUACAGUCUAGACUACGUGUGGUGUUCUCCUUCGGUCUUGAACUACAGUAUUCUACUGCAAGUAGCUCAGUACCAGGUCAAAGGCCGUAGCUCGCUCUCACGGCACCACCAACAAAAAGUACCGGGGAUCUC